AUUUCGUUCGACAUCAAGAGUCGAAAAUCCAGCAGAGGUGAGAGGCCCCCAAUUGCUGCAAGCCUAGGGAUUGCGGGCGGUUAAGAGCUCUAUAGUGAUUGUUCGCUUGUCCCAAAGGCAUAAAAACACCCGAACUAACUUCCUUGAACUGUUCCCCUGUGAGUUCUCAAAAGAAAUCAAUCGUUUGCGCGAGAAGCUGUUUGCGUGGGAUUGAACUCCGCUGCCCCAGGCGUGGAGAAUAAUGUUUCCGGAGCCAAAUGGCCAGAAGAGGAUAUGAUCGGGGCAGUGGCCAGGUAUAUACGGACCGCGUCGUUCGAUCAUUCGUUUAUUCGUCGGAUGCCACUGGACCAUGCUGGAGCCAUGAAUCGCCCUACCUUCCUGCCGGGUGGGAAGAAGGCAGCCCUUAUGGCGCAAACUCUUUGAAGCAUAUGGCGAUGAGGAAAACUCUUUCGGACCAGCGUCCACUUACGGCACUUCAUUUUUCGAACUUCCCCUGGGAACUAGCCAAGUACCUAUGGGAUUGUUUAGGGCGCUGCAGAAAGAGAACUUUGCAUAUCUGGAAAAUAUUCACAACAGUGUACCAGCUGGAGUUCAAAGAAAUAGCACCCUUUUAUUCCUUAAAAGCCUCCACGAAAAAGAUGUCCCUCCAUGACUACUCCCGGUUGAUCCACUCCCCAUCUCUGAAGUGGGGUACCGUUUUGACCAUUUCAACAGAUCAUGCUGAUCUCCAUGAACUUGUUGAGAUAUCCAAAAUUACCAACCUGGUGGCACUGGAUAUCACGGCCCCUUUUCCUGUUAAAUCGACAGCCAUUCCGGAGGACGAUGCACCGAUAACCAAGUUAACCGAUCGCGUAGUGAGGAGCUGGAGCGAACUGGCAGUCUCUAGUAAAGCCUUCAACAACCUACGAGUAUUGAUGCUGCACCUACAGGCUGACGUUACCUUGCGCAUUUUCUCAUACCUGGAUCAGUUCCCGUCGCUCGAGACUCUCAUUGUAGUGGGUUGUCGGCAGCUUGCUGACAAUAGCGCAAAGAGCGUAGGUCAACAACAUGGAUGGAGCACUCGUAGAGUCAAUGCCACCAACAAAACUAUCUACGAGUGCUAUACGAACUAUAUUACGUCUGCAAACGCUGCAGCCAACUCGAAAGCGUCAGAUUUACGCUCACUACCAUUACUUGAGUUUUCUCUAGGAGCUCCAGAUGCGAAAGACUAUAAGGAGAAGCACAAGUCAGUUUGGUUUCAUCGGCAGAUCCAAAACUCCAAUGUGGGACUGCUGAAUAGGAAGCGGGCCACUGAGCGCGAGAUUAUUGGACCGGCGAACAACAGUGUGAAGAGGCAGCGCAGCAAGGCUGUCCCAAAGAUCCAGAAGAGCAUGAAUACUAUGGCCGAUUUACUCGCAGAAUUCGAAAGAUAAUGCUGGGGUAAUGCCCGUGCGUAGCCCAAUAGUAACACAGUUCAGUGCGGGGUCCCUGGAGAUGCAACUAACUCACCAAUCACAUCUUGUCAUCCAUGUUCAAUUUAUGUCUGGCGCUUGCAGAGUAGCUCGUUGGAUAUAACGACAUACACUCAGUCAAAUCUCACAAAUGGUCCGCUUGGCGAAUGUGGCUCAGAAAGCGAUCCCGUACCCGCCAUACCGUCGCAUUGGUGCAGCGCUGGGCAAUUUCCUCUCCUAGUUUAUUCCUGUGGAAAAUUCCUCGUACAGGAAUCCCCGGAGUUUGGGGCUUGGACGCAUCACAAAACGAUGGUGGUGCAAGGAAGCACUAGUGCCGCCGGGGUUGAUACGAUGGGGCUGCGACAAGCUUCCCUUAAAUUGUUUCUCAAGUCGCGGAUACCCCAUUUGGAAAAGCGGCCAACACAUCUCGCGGGGGAGAGACUGGACGGGCCCUCAUUCUUAAAGUACUUUUGCUCUCCAUCUGAUUUCUCUAAUUUCGAUUCUUAGAAAGUUACCUUCAACUAGACAUUCCACACUUUUUGCAUAUGAAUAUAAUAUAGACACAACUAUAUUAAUAUAUAGAUGUAUUCAUUUUCGUCCAAGCUACUAUUCACAUUUACAAUAAAAUACAGCGUAAGGAGCGCAAUAAUAAGAAAUUCUCGAUUGGUUUGUUUGGGCUAGAAGGAACCUCGGGAUGGAUGGCCCCC